ACACGUUCCUUGUGCGAUCAGCACUUGGGCUACUAGCGUGGACAAGCAAAGGGGAAGACAAUGACGAGGCCACGCACCUCGUGGGCUCUACUCUGGGGGCUUGCCCUCUGCGUGUAUCUCGGAAUGUCGGCAUCCCAUCCAAUCUCUGAGCACAGGGACUACAACGGGGUAGAUGACUAUCCUUAUGAGGACGUAGCAGCAGCCCUUGCUUAUGGAAAGGAGUCCGAAACAGCUGCUCUCCGUGAUUGGAACACUCAGCUGUACAAGCGGGCCUUGCAGUCCUUUUAUGAUCAGCAGGAGGCCAACAGUGCAGUCAUCGAGAGCUUAGGUGUGCCGGAGAAUACAGAUGAAGAGGACAACGAUCAAGAUGAGCCAUUUGACGAGCAGGCCUAUCUUGAGGAGGAACGAGCUGACGAGGAGAAUGACGAGAGAGAUCAAGAGCAGGAAGGUGACUUUGAAGAAGAUGAAGAAGAGGAAACUGUGGGACAGCAAGAUGAGGAAGGAGACGAGGAAGAAUUCGGCGAAAAUGAGCAAGACGAAGAGGAGCAAGUUGAGGAUGGAAGCUACGAAGAAGUGGAAGAUGAGGAUGAUGGUGAAAACGAGCAAGAUGGCGAAGAAGAAGAUGAGGAAGAAGAUGGAGAAGUGGAAGAUGAGGAAGGGGACCAAAACGACCUAGACGAGGAAGAGGAAGAUGAGGAAGAAGUGGAAGAUGGUGAAAACGAGCAAAGUGGCGAAGAGCAAGAUGAGGAUGGCGUCUAUGAAGAAGUAGAAGAAGUGGAAGAUGAGGAAGAUGGUCAAGGCGAGCACGCUGACGAAGAGCAGGAUGAGAUAGGAGGCCAAGAAGAAGAAACAGAAGAUGAAGACGGUGAAAAUGAGCAAGAUGAACCAGAAGAUGGGGAGACACGGUUUGAGGAAGGAGGUGAUGCAGAGGUGCAAGAUGCAGAGAUCGGUGUAAACGAGCUGGGCGAAGAAGAGGAAUCUGGAGAAAAUGGAGAUGGACAGGAAGAAUAUGAAGAUGGUCAAGAGGAAGACGAAGAUCGAGAAGAGCAAAUUGGGGAAGAGGGAGAUGACCAAGAAGAUGACGAAGAGGAUAACCUGGACCGUCUUACGUUGCUAGCAUUGGUAAUGAGUGAAGGAGAUGGCAUUGAAGGUGGACAAGACGAAGGAGACAAAGAGCCUAGCGAGGUAGGUAACGGAGAGAAUGCUGUUCAUCUGCGUGAGAAACGAUCAACCGCGCCAAGUGGGAGUCUUGUGCCCAUUUCAGAAAGUGAAUCAGAUGGCAAGAAAGGCAAGGGGAAAGGAAAGAAAGGCAAGGGGAAAGGAAAGGGGAAAGGCAAGGGGAAAGGAAAGAAGAUCAAGAAGAUGGGAAAAGGUGGACGAGGUAAAGGCAAGGGAAAGAAGAAAGGAAAGAACCAAGCAGCCGGCAUGGGAGAAGCUGGGCAACGAGGGAUCAGUGGCAGUAGGCAAAUGCGGCAGAGGAGUUCUAAUCCAUUUAGCGGAAAAGGAAACAAGAGUUCAUGCUCUAAGAAGCAAAGGAAGUCCAAGGGGGGAAAGAAGGGGAAGAAAGGAAAACGUGGUAAAAAGGGAAAAGCAUCGACGCCCGUUACUGCUGGAAUUGUCAAGGCAUAGAUCGCGUUAAUAACCCUGGCCCGAUGAGAAAACCCACUGCUACAAAGUAUAUUGUAACACAGCUUCAAUGUAUUUUUAGUAUUUUCUGCGUGAUUGCAAGCAAGUGCCUUCAGAGGUAUGUUUCAUUGGAUAAAUUGUCUCAUGUAUUGAAUACCAACAAUUAUUGCAAUAUUGGGCAAUGUUAUCAUAUCCCUUUUACAGUCAAUAAUGCUACAUGAGACCACUUUGACGUGUAUGGGACAUAUCUCAGAUGGGCUCCAUGACAGCUGCAUAGAUUAUCUGCAC